GCCACGGAUAAAGGUGGGGAAAAGAUCUUUGACGGCUGUGUUAUCCAGUCCAGUAUCCUCGACGGUCGACGCCGGCGCGAGCAGCAAAUGGCCACCGCGGCGGUGACGAUGACCAUGGCGACGCACAACCCCCGCGCCCGCGCACCCCUCCGCGUCUGCGCCGCCUGGGACAUGAACCCGGGAGCCGCCACCGUGGCCACGCCCAAGCCCUCCAAGGCCAAGGCCAAGCCGCCGCCGCCGCCCGCGACCACAACCCCGGCCCGCCCGCCUCCUCUGACCCACGCCGAUCUCUUCGCGCGCUCCAGCGAGGCGCAAGGAGGGGUGAAGAAGAGCACAUAUAUGGGCUUUGAGAAAUGGUGGUUGCCACCUGCGCCAGUGGUGAAGAAACCCCGAUCGCUCUACAGUGCGGUGUCACUGGCUUACUUGGGAGACUGCAUAUAUGAACUUUAUGCUCGGAGGCACUUCUUCUUUCCACCUCUGAGCAUCAAUGAGUACAACAAACGUGUGAUGGAUGUUGUGAAGUGUGAGUCACAGGACCUUUUGUUGAACAAGCUUCUUGGAGAAGAUUUUCUAACUGAAGAAGAAAGGGACAUACUUCGUUGGGGGCGGAAUAUUGUUAGCAGCAAAACUCGCACCAGGAAGCGUGCAGGAAUUGCUGUCUACAACCGGGCAUCUUCACUCGAAACACUAAUUGGAUAUCUUUACCUCACAAAUUUCAAACGGUUGGAACAACUGAUGUUUCAAUUGGGCUUCACAAGUGGUGCCUCAUCACAGCAUAUUGCAGACGAGCUGCGCUCAAGUUUCCAGAAAACAACCCCCGCUUCGGCCACACCUCCACAACCUGCAACACAGUGAACAGGUCUGAGGUGUAACGGUAUUGGAUCGUGCUCCCACAAAGGUUAUCUUUAGUCUUCGACCCUAACGACGGAGAAAGGACGCAAGAGUCACGGCGUAUUCAGAUGCAAUAGCGAGGCUGGGAGCAGAUGGUUAGCGAACACCACCACCGUAUAUUCAUCAGCAUGUUUCUGCGAAUGGAGCAACAUAGAUAUGCUCAAACUCUGAAGAUAUGCGAAAAUUAAGACUCAGAAUGUCUGGGCUGACCUGGGGUUUGCGAGUAGGAUAGCUUGAUGUUUGCAAAGAAGCUCGAGUGUGGGAGAUAGGCCCGACUUGGGGUGUUGUAAUCGACCUAAAUUCGUGUAGGUAAUUAACCACUUCAUGUUACUUGUUGCCAAAAAAAAAGUGAUGAUUCUGCUUGU